UGCUUUUUGUUGUUUUUUCCUUUUCGCCCUUUUUUAUAUUUUUCUUUUUUUUUUUGUUUUUUACAAACCUCAUUGCCCUCAUUUACCAUUUCCAAAUUAUGAUCAUGAUGACUACCUAUACUGCGUCAACCAAAGGCAAAAAACCCUACAAAAGCUGGCUGAAAGAUGGUGUGAACGGAGGUCCUUCUUCAAUGGAUGUUCUGGUCAACUGGCUUGCUGUCAAGGCCAACUAUGCCAAAUGGCGGGGUGAUGACAGUGAACGUACCCCUAAAAAAGUAUUGCUCGAAGGUAUCAUUGAACGUAUGCGCGAAGUCGGGAUCUAUCAUCGACUCGCCAAAGAUGUCGCUUCCAAAAUCUCUACCCUUCAAAGCAAUUAUCGAACCGCACGCGAAUGGAAUGAUACCGAAGGAAAGAAAUUACGACAAGCCGGUGCAAAGGAAGAAGCCGUUCAUGAGGAAAUCUUGAAACGGUUCCCCUAUUGGGAUGCACUUCAUGAAGUAUUUGGUAGCACUCGUACGUCGGCGUGGCCCAUGUCUAUUAGUAGCAUUAUGCAUCGUGUCGAAGAAGAAGAGUUGCAGGAACAAUUGGAACGAGAAGAACACGAAGCAGCAGAGGAAGAUGACGAAGACGACGAUGAAGCGUUACAACCUCCGCUUCGACGUCGACGAUUGAGCGAUAGUACCAUUGAUGCCCGUUCGUCCCAUUUGGCCGCCGGGUCCACGAAUCCCGUCCUUAUUCGUCCCAUGCCUCGAGUCAUGCCCAUCUUAUCUUCGCGUGCUCAAAGCCAUUUGGAAAAACGCGAUGCAUUGCUGGCCGAAUCCUUGGUCCAAGUCACACGAGAAAAGGAAGCCGGUCGAAUGAAACGAUCGCAAGAAAUGCUUGAUUUUCUACGUGAAAAACGAGUCGAACGAGAACAAUUAUUGAUGGAAAAGGAAAAAACACGACGCAUCAAGGCCAAAGCCGAAUUGGUCAAAAACUUAUUGGAAGCCGGGUUCUCCAAAGAAGAAAUCAAUGAACAACUCAAAGAACUGUGACCCAACCCAUCAACAUCCCUUGUUUCUUUUUAAUUUUUUUUCUUUCUCCAUUCAUAGACGCCACUAUUCAUCGCAUCUCUUUUUUCUUAUUCUGUAAUAUUGUAGCUACAUCUUCACACAAAUUCUCUCCCUUUUGUUUUUUUUUUUUUCUU